GGGACCUCUGAAAUGCUAUACGUAAGGUUGCACUUCACCAGAAAGUAAAAAGUCUCUAGCCUUGCUUGAAGUAUAUUGUUUCCUUAGCCUCUUUGUCCAGUUGUUUAUAGUGAGUAUUUUUUGGAUAAUGGAGAUGCAGCAGAGACAUUCCGGGUCACUGAAUGUAUAUGAUGAUCCAAAGGAGCAAACAAAAACUGAGGACAUAUAUCAGUCUCUGCAGACCCCACCAACAGUAGCUGCAAGAAAUGCUUCAGGGAAGAAGAGAAUGGUUCUACUUCUCAUCAUAAACAUCUUCUUACUGACCACCAUCCUUUUUGUCACGGGAAUACACUACUACCAUUUUAGACAAAGUGGGGCAGCAGUGUUGAAUGACCAGAAAACUAACCAAGACUACCAGUUUAGACAAAGUGGGGCAGCAGUGUUGAACAACCAAAAGACUAACCAAGAGUUAUGGUAUCUCCAUGCCGAAAUGUUCUAUUUGUUCUGGAGUAAUCAGGGCAACUGUCACACAGCUGAAAGGUUUUGUGCCGAAAGGAUGGCCAACCUCGCAACUGUAACAGAAUCAAACAGGGACUGGCUGCAAUCACAAAUCAAUGGAAAGCGCAUGCUGGUGAAAAUGAGCCAGUCACAUAGUUCUGGAGAUGGUUUAGAUUCCUUCCUGUUCAUGGAUGAUGAUGAGUCUGACUGUGAGCUCUUCGGUGCGACCUCUGACCUCAGUAAGCAAGUGGAGGGAUGGGUGUGUGAAAGAGCAGCACAGAGGUUGAAUUACAUACCAACAAUGGGAUAAAAAAAAGCACCAGCUCAGAACAUCCUGAAACUCUGAUAAAGGCUUACAAGUGGAAGACAGGACACUCAUGAUACUUAGCAAUGGGGGUCCUAUUGCAUGAGAGUUCACCUGUGUGCACAGAUGAGAGAGUAAAUUAGAAAUGGGAGGAAAUGAAGUGGAUACAGUUAACAUUUUUCACAUUUACAAUACAUUUUGUAUUGCAUAAAAUUCAUUUGAGUAAUUUAAAUUGGUUACAUUCUAAAUGGGUUAGUUUUACCUAAACCAGAAGAAGUAACAGUUACACAGGCUACAAUAUCACUACUGCUAUUUCAAUUAUGUUCUAUUCUACUAUUCAGUUCUACUGCUGUUGUGUUUUUAUUUUCCAUUAAAACUUGUCAGCCUUUUAGUUCACAAAGUGGUGCCAGAAUUUACCUUCAUUUUACAUACAUAUUUGUAAAUGUAAUAUCAGUGAGACACAAAUGGUAAUCAUGAUGUCACUGGAGAAAAAUUAAUGAAAAGCGUGCAGCUACAGCCACGUUGUUUCAAAGCUUGUUAAAGUUUCAUUCAUAU